CAGCCGUGUCUCUGCUCUCCGUAUCUCGGGCCCCGGCCCGUGUCUCGUCUCCGCGGCGCGGAGCGACCUCCGCCUGCGCCUCCUCGCGCCUGGGCGCCCAGCGACAGGUGACGACAAGUCUCCGCUGGCCAGGCACAAUGACUGAUACAGAGCUGGACAAUGGCAGUGCUGCCCUUGAAGACCAGAGGGAGGAAAAUGCUGAAUUCAACACAGAGGAGACAAAGCAGCAGCCAUCCCAUUCUGCGACUGCAAGAGCUUGGGAAAAGGACUACUGCGAUUACCUCUUGGACUCUAUUGAUGCUCAGCUCAGCCAGCUGGAGUGGCAGGGCUCUGGAGCAAGAGUUACAUGCACCAGCCCAGAAGUGGAGCAUACCUCCCUGGAGUGUUCACCUGAUGCCCCACCUGUGGCAGGGGAGGAAAUGAAAGGAUGCUAUGGAGCUAAGGAUAUCAUCUCCUUGGGUGAAGUUGGUUCCUCUCAGAAAGAUGAAUACAGCUGGAGGAUGAGGAACCUCCUUGGCUCUGAGCAGACCCCAGAAAAUCUGAACUACCAGAGUGACUCUAAUUCCAUUUGUACAGAGGACUUUGCCACCAGGUUUGAGGAAGGCAUGGUCGACCCUCUAGUGAAUUUUGAUGAGGAAGGUGAUGUGCUUGCUUUUGACUUCUCAACUGAGGACUCCACUGGGGAGGGAACUGCUGUAGGAAUGACAGCAGGAAGCACUGGUCCUUCUUUCUGUGCGAAGGAAUGUGAAGGCACAUUGGAGGUUCUCACAAGCCAUAGGCAAAGAAAGCAGGAGUACCUGCAGCAACCUAAGGAGGAGUUGGAAGAUGACUUAUUGGUGGCUUCAACUAGUGGUGUGGAAAGGCCCCAAUUUGUAAGCAUUAGGAACAGGAGAGAGAGCCUGGAGUCUUUAGGAGGAAGGAUAUCCAGGCUGAGCCAGAGCAAUACCAUGCACACAUCAAGCAGCAUGGGCACAGAGAGGGCCAGCUCCACAGGUAUUUGGGCCUGUGGUCAUUUGACCCUGGAAUUGGUGAGGACCCCUGAAGAAAGUGCUUCAUGGCCCACAGUGCAAGGGAGUGAAGGCCUGGAGGAUUCAUCCAGAUGGGCUCAGCCUCUCUCUGGAAGGAGCAGGUUGCUGCUUGAAGAGCUGAGUCCUGGACAGCUGUUCAAGGCUCUAGAUGUCUCUGCCAGCCACACCAGGUCCUGGGAUGGAAGAACAGCUCAGAGUCUAUGCACAAGAAGACAGGCAGAACAUCGGCACUUCUCCCCAGAUCACCCUUCUCACACCACCACACUCACAUCCACCUCCAAUGGCUCUUCCAUAGCCUCUGAAGGGCAGAUCAGAUCUCAGCUCAUAACCCUCCUGCAGACCAGUCAAGGGCUAUCCCCUGAGCUAGGGAAGCCCAUGGAACAAUGGUCAGCAUUGCAAGGCUCAGCUGUGAACAACCAUUUGUCUAGUAGACCUGUAAGUGCCCAGAUGCCCACAGGUAAAGCCAAAGACAGCUGUGCUCCAACACAGGAUAGGUCUUGGGAGGUGAACUCUCUCUCUACAGUCAGUCGACAAGAUCCCAGAACAGAUACAGAACUGACACAGCAGGAGGUGGUGACUCCCCCACGACAGUCUGGAAAGGACAUUGCUUAUGCGGUGGAUAGUGAUGGCAUAGAAGAAGUUUGGGCUAGCUCUGAGCUAGAGCAUCAGCCAGCAGAGAGGAGAGCUUGCUAUCUGAAUCCUUGUCCUGACUCAGACACCAGAGUCCCUAAGAGUUGUGGCCUGAACUUGGCUCCAGACAGUAGUUCUUCAGUGCCCAACAAAGACAAGCAUGUGGCUGUUCCUGACUACAACAGCAAUACGCUUCAUUGGCCCCUGGGGAACUCAUUGGGGUGCUUAGGCUCCAGCAAUGAUGAAGAGGAGGAGGAAAAAGAGUGUCUGCAAUCUAAUGACAGUACACAUUGGAGGAGCAGCAGCCUUACAAGAGUGAGCUUGAGCCCAAGCAGAGCAGCAGCAUCCAGUUGGAAGCAAUCUAAGAGGGAAAUCUGCCUGGACCACAAGCUCCACCCAGGCUCUGCAUGGGCCAGAGCAGCCUCCACAAUGGAGGUACUCACUGCCAACAAGGUGAUCCUGGAGGAAUCCAUUACCAAACUGCGGCAGGACCUGGAUGCCGAAGAGGAGAGGCUGUUGCAACAGAAGGACCAAGUGAAGGAGGCAAAUUUGUCCCUGAGUGACAUCUUGCUCCAGAAACAGCACACAGUACAAGAGCUAGAGUCACAGCGUGGGGCCCUGGAGAAGAGCCAGAAAGAGGCACAGAAGCUGGAGUCCCAUGUGAAGGAGACUCAGAGCAAAGCAGAUGAAGCCAGGGUGGACCUGAUGCUGCUCAAGCAUAAGCCUGACUCAUGCCUGUGGGAGCUGCCAAAGAGAGAGGAGCUGAGCAUACGAAGAUGGCAUCACUGUGCCACACACGGCAACCAGCUGGGAGUCUUCCAAGAUGAGGUCGCCUCAGUGGUGCCUGAGUGGGAGCAGCUGAAGAUGCAUGUGCAUCACUUGGAGGGCAGCUUGUCCCCCCUGAACCACCAGAAGCUGAAGCAGCAAGGGGACAGAACCAGAACAGAGGAGCUGCAGGAGAAGCAGGAGGCUGGCCUGAGUGAACAGAACCAGUCCCUGAGCAGGCAGAGCCAACCACAGGUAGUGGAGCAGGCGGUGAAGAGCUCUGCUCUAGAGAAGAUCCUGUUCGAGAAGAACCUGGAACUGCAGCAGUUGCAAGAGGCUGUCUCUGCCCUGACUUUGGAGAAGGAGUCACAGAAAUCUGCUCUGGAAAGCCUAAAGGAAGAACAUGAAAGGCAGCUGGAAGAGGUGCACAAAGAAAAGGAGCUGGCACUGGCUCAGCAGAGAGAGGAUCUACAGCACCAGAAGCAGCAGGAGCUCCAAGAGUUUGCAGAGACUCUGGAACAGGUGAAGGAUACAGCCUUACAGGACCAAUCCUCUUCCUUCCAGAAGAAAGUGGAGAACCUCACCAGGAUUAUGGAGGCCCAAGAUGCAAAACUUCGCCAACAGCAAGAAGCCAUGAGGAUGCAGAAGGAACAUACCCAGCAACUACUCAGAGAGUUGAGGGCAGAGGCCAAGGAGAUGGUUCAGAAUGCCCUGCUUCAAGGGCAAAGUAACUGGGAAGCCAAGGAAAAGGAAGCACUCCGGAUGCAAUGUGAAACACUGGAGGAGCAGAGCCACAGAGUGCAAGCUGACCUCCAGAAGGCCCUGGAGAAAGAGAGGAGGAAGGGAUCAGCAUUGCAGACUAGGAUCCUGGAGCUCCAGAAGCAAAUCCAAGACCUGGAACUCCUUACCUGCUCACUCAAGCAAGAGAAGCAGGUGGCCCUAGAAGACUUGCAGACUUUGCUUCAGGAGGAGAAAAUGGAAGCAUUACAGAAACUUCGGGAGGAACUGGAGCAGGAGACAAUACAGGAGCGUGACCAACUGAGAGCAAGGCUGCGGCAACUAGAGGAGAAGCAGUGCCUCUUGCAAGCCAAGCAGAGUGAAGCAUCCUUCUGGGAGCAGGAGGCGCUGUCCAGUGCUGAGUGGGCUGAGCACUCAGUGGCCAGGGAGAUUGGCUUGGUGUGCCAGCACCUCCAGGACUUGCUGCCUGAGAGAGCCAGGGGACAGAGCGCUUCCUGGAUGGCACAUAGGAGCCCAUCUUACCUCUCUCCCGGCCAUGCCCUUCAGAUCCUCGGUGGACUGAGGGAAGAAAUUCAGCACUACCUCAGGGACUUGCAGCAAGAGAUAGAGGCUCAGAAACACACCAUCCUUCAGGUCCAGAUGGAAAAGAAAUGGGAGCUGAGGCAGCAGCAGGAGCAGCUUCAUUUAGAAAAGGAGGAAGCUCUGGAGGCCCUGAAGGAGCAGCUGAUCCAGGAGCACAUCCAGGAAAUUGCCACCCUGCAGCACAGUGAGCUAAAGGAGGCUAUGGGUGAGAAGCAGUUGUGCAAGGACAGUGAGCUGUGGGCUAUCCAGGGAAGCUGGAAGGACCAGGUGGCCUGCAAGCUGACCCAGAGGUUGGAGAAGGAGCUGGAUGUGGAAAUGGAGACGCACUCCUGCAAGGACAGACAUGUGGGCCUUCAGAGGGCUGUGGAGAGGCCGGACUCAGAAGCCAGACACCUUUCCUCAGUAACAGAGAAACACUUGUCCCCAGCUAAAGCCAGGAUGGUGACAGAGGCCUGGCAUGACUCUGGAGCCUUGAAGUUGCUGCACCAUCUCCAGGGCCGUGUGAGAAAGCUGCGGAUAGAGAAUGCCAUCAACCACUGGGGCAGCCUGGAGGACCUGGCCAGCCUGCAGGGAGAGCUGGGCCACACAUUUUGA